AUGGCCUUAAUAUCUCCAAGAAAGCUGAGAUACGAUCUCUACUCAUACUCAUACCAAGAAAACUCAAACACGCCUUUAGUCAUUUCAAUUCUUGCAUCCCUGAUCGAGAGAACGCUGGCUAGGAAUGAAAGAAUCGCUAAGAAGUACUCCAAAUGGACGGGGGUUUCUAAAACACGAGUCGACUGCAACGAGACGCCCGACAUGACGAUUCAGUCGUAUUUAGAGAGGAUCUUCAGAUACACUAGAGCUGGACCGCCGGUCUACGUUGUUGCCUAUGUUUAUAUCGACAGGUUUUGCCAGUUUUACCCUGAGUUUAGGAUUGGAGCCAGGAAUGUGCAUAGGCUGCUCAUCACUACAAUUAUGGUCGCAUCUAAGUAUGUCGAGGAUAUGAAUUACAUAAAUUCAUACUUUGCUCAUGUGGGGGGAUUGACAACGAACGAACUGAACAAACUGGAGGUUGAAUUCUUGUUCUUGAUGAAGUUCAAAUUGCAUGUGAAUAUGAGUGUUUAUGAGAGCUAUUGCUGCCAUUUGGAGAGGGAAGUGAGCAUUAGCGGAGGGUACCAAAUAGAGAGGACUUUGAGGUAUGCUGAGGAGAUCAAAACCAAAUAA